ACUCCUACCUAAGUACUUUAACCAUAUUUUACCUUCGUUCAAACCCACCUAGUCAUCUGUUGCAAAUGGCAACUGCAGAGACAGAAGAAGAAGAAAACACAUGGGAGGAAGUAUUGAGGAAGAUGUUACCAGCGGGUGCACCAUUGCCAGACGAAGAGCAGCUCGAUUACUCGAUAGCAGUGGAAUAUGAAGGCCCUCCAGUUCCUUACGAUGUCCCGCGUGUUGAUCCACUCAACCUCGAUUCUCUCUCCGUUCGCACUUCUUCUCUAGUCUCGGUCUCCGAUGAGAAGGAUCUUUCUGUUCCCUUGGCUGCUCCGAUCAGUGCUAAAAAUAUUUCCAAAUUCAGUCGAUUUAGGAAUGGAGUAAAUGCAAAUAAUUUAGUUAAAGAGUCGGGCAGUUCGAGACCGCCAAUUGAAACAGGAGUAAAUACAGGAAAGGAGGCAGAAUCAGAAGACGAAACUACAUCAUUUGGGAGAGAUGAGGGAAAGCGUGCGAAUGUAGUGACAUUUAAUACUCCGAGAGACUCCGAAACGGAGGAUGACGAUGGAUAUUCGUCUACGCAGUCAACUGCUGCAAAUGAUGCUGUAGGGCCCCCAAAAGGGUCUAGGAAGAGAGGAGUGUGCAGUAGGUGUGGGAAAAGAAAUAGAUUGAAAGAAAGAGAGGCAUGUUUGGUAUGCGAUGCCAAGUACUGUAGCAAUUGCUUGCUUAAGGCCAUGGGAUCAAUGCCUGAAGGGAGGAAAUGUGUUAGCUGCAUUGGGCAUCCAAUAGAUGAGUCUAAGAGGUCUGCUCUUGGUAAAUGUUCCAGAGUCUUGUCCAAAGUGUGCAGUCCGUUGGAGGUUAGACAGAUAAUGAAAGCGGAGAAAGAAUGUCCAGCUAAUCAGUUGAGACCCGAGCAGUUGAUUGUGAACGGAAGGCCACUUAGGCAAGAGGAAUUGGCUGAGGUUUUAGGAUGUCCAAUCCCACCUCAGAAUUUGAAGCCUGGAAAGUAUUGGUAUGACAAGGAUUCAGGGCUAUGGGGAAAGGAGGGAGAGAAGCCUGAUAGGAUUAUUAGUUCCAAACUUAAUGUUGGGGGUAAGCUUCAGCUGGAUGCCAGCCAUGGAACCACAAAGGUUUACAUCAAUGGCCGCGAAAUCACCAAGAUUGAGCUCAGAGUUCUGAAGCUAGCGAAGGUACAGUGCCCACGAGAUACACAUUUUUGGGUGUAUGACGAUGGAUCCUAUGAAGAAGAAGGCCAAAACAAGAUAAAAGGAAAUAUAUGGGGGAAGGCAUCAACUCGUUUCAUCUGUUCAUUAUUUUCACUGCCUGUACCACCUGGAAGUCCUUUUGGGCCAAAAGAAGAUCCAACUACUUUUUCAGGUAGGUCAGUGCCUGAGUAUUUGGAACAGGGAAGAGUCCAGAAACUUCUUUUAUUGGGGUUGGAAGGAUCUGGAACAAGUACCAUUUUUAAGCAGGCAAAAUUUUUAUAUGGGAAUAAGUUCACUCCAGAAGAGUUGCAGAAUAUCAAGCUUAUGAUACAAAGUAACAUGUACAAAUAUCUUAGCAUAUUACUUGAAGGACGAGAGAGGUUUGAAGAGGAAGCUUUGAUGGAAACUAUAUCCACUGCAGUAAAUACUGAAGAAUCUGCUUCAGGUUUCACUGCUAGUGAUACAGAACAUGAAGCAAGUCAGCCCAGCAUCUAUUCGAUCAACCAAAGAUCCAAGCAUUUUUCUGACUGGUUACUGGAUAUCAUGGCUAGAGGAGACUUAGAUGCAUUUUUUCCUGCCGCAACAAGAGAGUAUGCUCCUAUUGUUGAUGAGAUAUGGAAGGAUCCUGCCAUUCAGGAGACAUACAAGAGAAGAGAUGAACUGCAUCUUCCUGAUGUUGCCAAAUAUUUUCUAGAUAAGGCCAUUGAAAUAUCAAGCAAUGAGUAUGAACCUUCAGAGAAGGACAUCUUAUAUGCUGAAGGAGUCACUCCGAGUAAUGGCCUGGCCUUUAUGGAAUUCUCAUUUGAUGAUAGAAGCCCCAUGUCUGAGAUAUAUAAUGAAGACUUUGACUGCCUGCCUCCUCUGGCCAAGUACCAACUAAUUCGCAUAAAUUCCAAGGGACUGCGUGAUGGUUGCAAAUGGCUGGAAAUGUUUGAAGAUGUGAGAGCGGUUAUCUUUUCUGUUGCAUUGAGUGACUAUGAUCAAAUAUGGGCGUAUGGUUCAGGUCAGUCUUGUAAUAAAAUGCUGGCUAGCAGAAACAUGUUUGAGAGCUUGGCGAGGCACCCCUGUUUUAGGAACACGCCUUUUGUGCUUUUGCUGAGUAAAUAUGAUGCCUUUGAGGACAAAAUCAACCAAGUUCCUUUGUCCAGUUGUGAGUGGUUCAGGGACUUUAGCCCAUUGAAAGCCCAUCACAAUAAUCAGACUCUGGCUCACCAAGCUUACUACUAUGUGGCAGUAAAAUUCAAGGAGCUAUACUUCUCAAUCAGUGGCCGCAAGUUGUUUGUGUGGCAGAGCAGAGCUCUGGAGCGCACCUCAGUUGAUGAGGCAUUCAAGUACAUAAGGGAGGUCCUUAAGUGGGAUGAAGAAAAGGAUGAAAACAUUUAUGGAAUCACCGGGGAUGAUUCAUUUUACAGUACGGAAAUGAGCUCCUCUCCUCAUGUAAGGCUGUAAACCCCCUAACCCUUUCCUGGUUCUGGCAAGCCGGUGUUGUCAACUGGGAGAUUAUUGACAUUUGCUCAAGAAUCUGAAAUCUCCAGUGAUUGAAAAAUUGAUGAGAUUUUGUGUGAGUAGGGUGAGAAAAGUUGACAUAAUUGAUUCUCAAUGAUGGUGCUGCUGUGUGAUUUUGGUGGUUAGAGUAGAGAUUGAUUUAUAAACAAGCUCAAUAAAAUGUGGGGAGAUUUUGUGGUUCUUUUUUCCUUAAUUUAUCCAUCUGUAUAGCUUACCUUGUUCAUCACUAAUAAAGUUGGGUUUAUAAUCAUUUGUCUAGAUUUCUUCUAAAUUGUGGGAGGAUUAUUUGUAGGCACCAAAAUAUGUUGGAGUUUGACAACUUGUAAGAAUUCAAAAAAUCUGCUUGAACUUGAACUCGGUUAUUGCGUUUAUAUACAUAUAUAUAUAUGUGCGCAUGCGCACGCUCAAGUAGUAUUAACAGAAA